AUGACGCAAGAACAUGUCUACAGUCCUUUGAAUGAGGAUUCGGAUGCCCCUGAGAAGGAAUCUUCCGAAUCUAUCUGGCAGAAAAUCGUACCUGAUAAAACCAUUGUUCACAAGUGGCCCCUUGCUUUUGCUCUUUUCAACUUGAUCCUUAUUCUCCUAUGGACUUUGAUCCAUUUCGAUGUCUUUUCAGUGGAAAAACAGAAUGACUCGCAGUUAGCUAUCCUUGAAAAUGGCAUCUAUUCUGGUCGUUACGACACUGCACUUGAUCAGUUCCAUUUUCUGGGCAUGCCGUAUGCGCUUCCACCUCUUGGGCACCUCAGAUUUAGAAUCCCGCAACCUUUCGAUCAGUCUUGGGAGGGUGUGCGCAGUGCGACAGAAUUCGGUCCAAUGUGCACAGGUUACAGGGGAAAAUCGAGCUGGUAUCCUCAUAGCGAGGACUGUUUGACAAUCAACGUGAUGAAGCCUGCAAACGUCACAACACGCGAAUUGCUCCCGGUAGCGGUUUUUAUUUACGGCGGUGGUAUACAUGGGGGCGGUGCACGGGACGACCGUUAUAAUAUGAAGAUGCUUGUGGCUCAUGCUACCCAGCAUCAAAUGCCUUUCAUUGCGGUGUCCUUCAAUUAUCGGUCAUCCGUAUGGGGUUUCAUCUCGAACGAACAAAUGAUUGGGACGAGGGGUGCAAAUUUGGGCUUCCGCGACCAGCGACUCGCCCUCCAUUGGGUUCAGAAGAACAUCGCAGCAUUCGGUGGAGACCCCAAGAAAGUCACUCUCAUGGGCGCAAGUAGUGGAGCCGAUGCCGUCGGUCUUCAUUUGACAGCAUACGGAGGCCGAGAUGAUGGACUAUUUCGGGCUGCAAUCAUGCAGAGUGGCAGCUCUGUAGUUCCCUUCUCACUAAAGGGAACAUCUGCGCAGGCAGCCUACGAAAGACUGGUGGCCUCCGCGAGCUGCUCUGAUGCUGAAGAUCCAUUCGAAUGCUUGAGACAUCUUCCCUUCGAGGAGUUGAACCAAGCCUAUGACAAAGAUAAUUCCAGCGAAGUCACUUUGGACAUGGCUGUUCAGUCUCUUCCGGUCUUCGACGGAGACAUUGUACGAUCUUAUGGUACCUUCAGCUUACCACGGUUCCGGUUUACCGCGGUGCCCAUCAUCAUCGGAGUAACGUCGAAUGAGGGCUAUGAUGACGUUGUUCCUGGAUUAACGAGCUGGGAAAAAUUGAGACACUAUCUAGUAUCUGGGUCUCUUCGAAAAUAUCCCAAGGGGAUGGUUGAGCGGCUCCUCUCAUUCUACCCUGAUGACUUGAGCACUGAGCCCCUCGAGCCCCCGAUACUGGGUAUCGACGAUUUACGUACAUUCAAAAGAAUCACGCAAGUUCUUGGAGAUUUGUCAUACAAUGCUGCAAGGAGACUGCAGUGCGGAGAGUUCUCGAGAGUUGCUACGUGCUUCAGCUACGUAUAUGAUGAUUUCGAAACUCUCCGUUCCGGAAACCUCCACGAGGGCGCCAGACAUGGUGCUGAGCUCGCACCUGUUUUCCAGAACUACGACGGCCGGGGCUACAGCAAAUCAGAGAACAUUUUCAAGGAUAGGUCAUCAGCCUACUUUGAAAUGUCAAGGGCGAUGGGUUUGAUGUGGGCUGGUUUCAUCACGAAAUUGGACCCCAAUGUUGCUUUUGAUGGGACACCUUGGCCGAAAUACAAUAUGGACAAUCCCAAGAAUAUAGUAUUCAACGAAACAGGGCCUUUCUGGACGGAGCAGGAUAAUGAAAGACGUGAUGCAACUGAUUACAUUAUUAGUGUUUCACAAUCAGUUUUGGGGAAAUAG